CAAUUUUUUCUACUCCCAGUCGAUUAAUCGAUGGCUACUUUUUCAGUUGUCCUUUUCAUUAUCGUAACGCUGUUCAUUGGCAGCUCUUCAGCUAAACUUUCCCCUAACUUUUAUGACAAGACUUGCCCCAAGGUGUUUUCCACCGUGAAAUCGGUGGUUCAUUCCGCCGUAGCGAAGGAGAAACGUAUGGGCGCUUCACUCCUCCGCCUCCACUUCCACGACUGCUUUGUCCAAGGUUGUGAUGCAUCAGUUCUUCUUGACGACACUUCUUCUUUCACCGGGGAGAAAACUGCUCGGCCUAACAACAACUCCAUUAGAGGAUUUAAUGUGGUCGAUAACAUUAAAUCUAAGGUUGAGGCUGUAUGUCCAGGUGUCGUGUCAUGUGCUGAUAUCUUGGCCAUUGCUGCUCGUGAUUCUGUUGUUAUACUCGGAGGACCUAGCUGGAAAGUGAAACUUGGAAGGAGGGAUUCAAAAUCAGCAAGCCUUUCAGCUGCAAAUAGUGGUGUAAUCCCACCUCCAACUUCUACUCUUACCAACCUCAAAAAUAGGUUCAAAGCAAGAGGUCUCUCCACCAAGGAUAUGGUCGUUUUAUCAGGUAUUUAAGUAUCUCCUAUAACUUGCAUAGUCAGACAGAUUACGAGUUUUCUCUAAUCUCUAUCUAGCAAGUGGUAAGUCAUUGUAAAAUAUAACUAAACAAUAUUAAAGAAUAUAGUCACAUGAGUUGAUGAUUAUGUAUUAUUGAGGAAAGGAAGGCAAAGAUGAACAAAAAUGGUAAAGCAUAGCACAUCGGCGGCGUGGCCCCUUGUUAAAAGUGUUAAAAAAAAAAAAAAAAAAAAAA